AUGAUGCAGAGGAGCACCAAAUGCCAGAAAUAAUUUGUACACCUUCUAAUGAAGUAGCUAUUGAAGAAGAGAAAAAUGUUGCUAAUGUUAGCGAACCUACUCAUCCUACGGAAACUUCCAUUAUUGAUACAUGUACUGAUGAUAAAGAACUUUGUGGUACAGGCUCAAGUACUGUUUCAUUUUCUGUCUCGGCAACCAAUACUACAAGUACCUCUGAUAUUGUAGGUGUGGGUACUGCUGCCCUUUCCAGUACAGUUAUGGAUGCUGGUACUGGUGCUUCUUCUAGUACCAGUAUUACAGUCACCUCUGAUUCUGUUAUGAAUGCUGGCAGUACUGCUGCCUCUUCUGAUACAUUUAUGGAUGCUUGUACUGCUGCUCCUUCUAGUACAGUUAUGGAAGUUGGUACAACAGCCCAAUCUGGUACAGUUAGGGAUGUUGACGCUCCUGCGCCAUCGGAUGCAGUUAUCAAUGACAGUACUGCUCCCUCAUGUGGUGAAGUUGGAGAUGCUGAUACCAUCGUUGACAAUACAACUACCACUUCUGAUAUGAUUAUGGCUGUGGAUACUACAACCCACUCUAGUGCAGCUGUGGAUGACAAUAUUGCUGUCCCCUCUAGUACAGGUAUGGAUACUGGUAGUGCUGUCCAUUCUAGUACAGAUAUGGGUGCUGAUACUACUGUCCCCUCAAGUACAGUUAUGAAUUCUGGUGAUGUUGUUUCUUCUAAUACAGCUAUGGAGGAUGUCUCCUCCAAUACAGCUAUGGAUGCUGGUAUAGCUGUCCCCUCUAGUACAGCUAUGAAUACUUGUGAUGCUGUCCCCUCUAAUACUCCGUUGGAUGCUGGUGAUGCUGUUUCGUCUAAUACAGUGAUGGGUGCCGGUAUUGCUGUCCCCUCUAAUACUCCUGAUGGGUGCCGGUAUUGCUGUCCCUUCUAA